AGGGGAGAAAGAAUACUCUUCUGAGAGGGAGAGAGAAAGAGAGAGAGAAGAGGCGACAAAGGGAUGGAGAAGAAGGGAAGCUCCGGUCUCAACAUCGCCCUCAUUCAUCCUGAUCUCGGAAUCGGAACCUUUCAAGUAACUGUAUAUGGUGCUUUCCUACCCCGGCAUAUUUUCUACCAUCUACAUGCUGUAUGUGCCUAUCUCAGGUGCAUUUUUGUCGCUGUCUGUGUGUUGUUCAUGUGGCCAUCAUUCGAUGUUGUGCUCGCUGAUCAAGUCUCUGCAGUCAUUCCUUUGAUGAAACUAAAGAAAUCAACUAAGGUUGGAUUCUAUUGCCACUUUCCAGAUUUGUUGCUGGCUCAACACACAACCAUUCUUCGGCAGAUAUAUCGGAAACCCAUAGACUUUAUAGAAGAAGUAACAACUGGUAUGGGGGAUUUGAUUAUGGUUAACAGCAGAUUUACUGCAUCUACUUUUGCGGGUACAUUUAAGCAUCUUCAUGCAAGAGGAAUCAAACCAGCCGUGCUUUACCCUGUGGUGAAUGUAGAGCAGUUUGAUAAACACCAUGCUUUUAAGUUUAAUUUUCUCUCUGUCAACCACUUUGAAAGGAAAAAGACUGUUGAGUUAGCAAUAUGUGCUUUUUCCUUGCUGCAAACCCUUGGAGGUGAUGUCCAAGGUCUUAAUGUUGCUGACGCUACGUUGACAGGCGUAGGCAAGUCUAUCUACUUCCAGCUUGAGUACAGACGUGGCUUUGAUAAAUGGCUAAGAGAGAAUGUUGAAUAUUUGGAAGAAUUGAAAAGCUUAGCAGACAGGAAAGGGGUGUCUCACAAGGUUAAACUCAUGACCUCUUGCUCAACAGCUGAAAGAAAUAUGUUGCUUUCGCAAUGCUCUGCGUUCUUUAUACACCAAAGGGGUGUAAAAGUCCAAUAUCAUCCUCAGGUCCAUUCUGUACAACUGACAAGAAGUCUCCUACUUAUCAAAGUUGUAAUUUUGAAACAAAGUCGCCUAAUAAUGGUUAAUGAUUGUAAGAUGAACAUUUCGGAAUCGUUCCAUUGGUGGCAAUGGCAGCCUAUAAACCUGUAAUUGCAUGCAACAGUGGGGGUCCUAUGGAGAUGAUUAAGAAUGGUGUGACAGGGUUCCUUUGUGAUCCUAGCCCUCAAGAGUUCUCUUCCGCGAUUGAAAAGUUCAUAAGGGACCCCCAAAUGGCAGAGAGAAUGGGUUCUGAAGCUCGACAACAUGUCGUCGAGUCAUUUUCUACUAAGAUAUUUGGCCAGCAUCUGAACCAAAUUCUUCUUGAUAUAGCCCGAGGAAAGGAGGAUUGAGACAUCGAAAACUACAUGGAAAAUAUGCAUUUUGCAGAUAGGGUGUCAUGGUUAUGGCAAAACGGAAAGUAAGGUUCUGCUCUAUUGCUAGUAGAUUGUUACAGUGGGCCUCUCUUCGAUCGGGUGUCUAGCAUUUUCUGGGUGGUAAUGUUUGGAUGAAAGUUAGGAACCAAUUCAGUACUUCGGUUUAGAACGCUGAAUUGCUCCUCAUUUUCCUUGGUAUUCUGAAUCUUCUUUAUUAAGCUAGCAAAUAGAGAAUUACCAACCUAACCACUUGAAUCGAGAAGUGGCAUUGAGAACUCAACCAGUCUACAUGCAAUUUCAAGUUCAUAUAUCAGUUACGAACCUAACCACUUGAAUCGAGAAGUGGCUUUGCAAACUCAACCAGUUUACAUGUAAUUCUAAGUUCAUAUAUA